UUCUCUCAUUCCGCACCUAAGAUUCUUCACCCACUAGGCUGCUCUUCGAUUUUUACCGUUCACGAGUUCGAACACUACUUCAACAAGCAACAGGCUCAACCUCUUUUUGUUCCACGACAUCCCAAGUGACGACUCAAAACUACGACGCACACAACCUGUGGAUACUGGCAGCAAAACAGACCUGAAAUUGUCCACCUCUCAUUUUUGCCGAAAAGGGGCUCGGCUCUAUGCUGCCAUACCUUACCAAAUGGUCGAAGAAUGUUGAGAUCAGGUCAGAGUGUCUUCAAGCAACGUGGGCACAGCAUUCUAGUACUGCACCUGUCGUGAGUGCUCUGCCUACUGUGAGUCCCGCCCGUGCUUGUUGCGGCGUUGUGUGGAACUUAUGGGGGAGGCACGCGGCACAGUCUCUGCUGCCUACCCCUUUUAUACCAAAAACACUCAGUUUACCCUUGGCAAGGAGUGGUGUAGUGGGAAUACGCAACCUGUUAACCUAAAAUCUCUCUUCCGCACCUAUAACCUCUCUCACCCUGCUGCCUGCUCCUUGCUUUUUGCCGAAGUUCACGACUUCGAGUUCUCCCUUCGACACCGAUUCCUCCGUCUUGACAUCGACAUCACCUUUUUACCAUUCGACGGCAUACUCGAACUUUUCCUUCGAUGACAUUUCGGACAUUCAUCGCACGCCUUGGUUCUCAUCCACUUAAACAAAAAUAUCCAUCGCGAACCGAAAUGCUGUCAACAUGGAUACAUCCGUCAAGCAAUGGGCACACUUGUCGACAUGGUGUGGAUAGAUGGACACAUGACAAGACGGACACCAGCCACCUACCCCUUAUAUGCCAAAAUUACUCUGUUUACCAUCAGCGAGGAGUGGUGUAGUGGGAAUACGUUGCCUACUAAACCUAAAGUCUCAAAUCCGCACCUAAAAAACCUCUCACCCCACUGCCCACUCCUCGCUUUUUGGCAGGGCUCCCGACUUCGAAUCCUCUCCUACAAGGAGCCCCUUUUUGGUCCUCGAUUUCGCACCCUUGGCAGACCAGUGCUUGACGAUGAUCCUAUCUACAGGCCUCGUCCUCAGCGAUGGCAUCCCCCUUUUACCAUCACGAUUCAGAACAUGAUCAUACACCACAUAAGGACACUCUUGCCAGUGAUAGGGGCGCUGCGUCGACGAUCGCCAUCUGACACGACAUGGCCACCUACCCCUUAUAUACCAAAACCACACAUAUGGUCUGUAACAAAGAGUGUGUGGUCUAGUGGGAAUCCGCAUCCUAUUAACCUGAAAUCUUCAAAUUCUCUCCUAUAAACUCUCUCAACCCACUAGGCCCCGCUCUUUGUUUUUUGCCAGAGUCGCGACUUCGUGUGUCUUCCGCGACAUUCUUUUUUGCCCCUCUGGACAGCACCAGUUCCCGACUCUACCCCUUAUAUGUCAAAAUCACAUCCAUAUCCUUCAACGAGGAGUGGUGUAGUGGUAUCCGUCCUAUAACCUAUGAACCUAAAAACUCUUUAGUCCGCUCCUACAAUUCCCUCUUCUCCCACGACCACCACUCCUCGCUUUUUGCUUGAGUUGAACAGUACCCACUGUUCUUUUCCUUUUUGCCAGUCCUUCUACUUGUUGGCCAGUCGAGUCUAUAGUCUUCAAGGAAGGUCGCCGCAAGUGUACUGCGAGAAAGGGUCUACACCUGCUUGGCCUCGUUUGGACAAAGUCGAGACUCAGGUGUGACUUGAGAACGCAUCAAGAAGGACAGUUCAAGCUUUGGCUCUUUACGUGGAAGCCUUCAAGACAGAUUCAGCAUGAGGCCAAGCCAGAAAAGGCGGCAAGAGGGGAGGACCACAGGUUAGCUAGGCAGAGGCAACUUUGCCCCGCCUAGAAUGACAGCCUAUCAGCACCAGGGUCUUGUGUCCGAGACCUGACCACAUACCCUUAUAUGCCAAAAACACUCUCUAUACCCCCAGUGAAGAGUGGUAUAGUGGUAUCCUCCGAGCCUGCAAAUCCUCCCUCCGGCCUUCCCUCCGACCCUGUACCACUCUUCGCUUUUGCCAGUUUAAUCAAGUUCGAGUUGAACUUGAUCAUCUCCUAUUCCUCUUUUGUUUUCUCCUUGUUUGUUCUUUACUCCUUGCCCCUUUUCUCUUUGCUGCCAUCAUUUCUUAUAUGGCAUUUCUUUUUGCUAUGGCUUGUUUCCAACUCCGAGCUCGUCUUCUAAGCUAACAAUCAGGUUCUAUAUAAUGAUGAAGUGAACUCAGGGGUAUUGUUUGGUGAGUUGCGUGAUGUGGUGUAAGUGGCAGGCUCGCUCACUUGAACGCAACUACCUCGCAAGUCGGCCGGGGUAGAGUAUUAAAUAUUAGAAUUAAUGUACCUCUUUCGACAAGGAGUGGUGUAGCGGCAUACGUCCUAGAACCUAUGAACCCUAAAAUCCGCUCCUAAAAACUCUCUCUCCCGCUACCCACUCCUUGUCUUUUUGUCUGUGUUCGAAACCCACCUCUUUUCUUCAUCCCUGAUACUGUAAUUCUGAGUCUUGAACAGUUCAAGGCUCGUAGUUCAUCGAGAAAGGAAUUCUCUUGGUCUGAGUCAGGGUUUAGCUCGCUGUCCCAUCUGAACAGACACUUGCCCAUGGAUGAUAUAUGGAGUUUAUUCAAGACCACUUCAAUACACCAUUUCAUUCCCA